AUGGCUCUGCAGGAUGUGUGCAACUGGCAGGCCCCUGACACCCAAGGACCAUCACCUCAGCUGCCUCAGGCUGGUGGCUGGGCCGUGCCUCAGGGCUGUGACCCGCAAGCUUUCCUGCAGAUCCACGGCCCCAAGCUGGCUCAUGGCACCACCACCCUGGCCUUCCGCUUCUGUCAUGGGGUCAUUGCUGCAGCCGACACGCGUUCCUCCUGCGGCAACUACGUGGCCUGUCCAGCCUCUCGCAAGGUCAUCCCUGUACACCAGCACCUCCUGGGCACCACCUCUGGCACCUCUGCCGACUGUGUCACCUGGUACCGGGUGCUGCAGCGGGAGCUGCGGCUGCGGGCCCUGAGGGAGGGUCAGCUGCCCAGUGUGGCCAGCGCCGCCAAACUCUUGUCAGCCAUGAUGUCCCGCUACCGAGGGCUGGAUCUGUGUGUGGCCACCGCCCUGUGUGGCUGGGACCGCUCAGGCCCUGCCCUCUUCUACGUCUACAGCGACGGCACCCGCCUGCAGGGGGACAUCUUCUCGGUGGGGUCUGGAUCUCCCUAUGCCUAUGGCGUGCUAGACCGUGGCUACCGCUAUAACAUGACCAUCCAGGAAGCCUAUGCUCUGGCUCGCCGGGCCGUGGCCCACGCUACCCACCGUGAUGCCUACUCAGGGGGUUCCGUGGACCUUUUCCACGUGCGGGCAACUGGGUGGGAGCACGUGUCGCGCAACGAUGCCUGCGUGCUGUACGCGGAGCUGCGGGAGCCCGGGGAGCCGGAGGAGGAGCCCAGGAAGGCCCGGUCCUGA